AUGGGAGGCUUUCUCUCCUCAACAACGUCAACAACAAGCCACUCUCAAAACCCCUCCUCCUCCUCCUCCUCCUCAUCAUCACCAUCAUCAUCUUCCGAUUCUCAAAAUCCCAACUCCUCAGCUAACUCCUUAAAUCCUAAAAUGCCAUCCUCUGAUAAUAACCAUCCGCUAAAACAAACUCCGGAAUCUUCAAAUGUUGACUCCCAACAAACCCUAGAAUCUAAACCCCAAAACCCUGAUUCCAGAUCCCAAUCUUCUUCAAUUGAUACAAAAAUAGAAAAAACCCAAGAAGAGAAAGAGAAAGAGACAGUGAUCGAUAAUGGAGAAGAAAUUGAAGGUGAAGGAGCGGAAGAAGAGGAGGAGGGAGAGUGUGGAUUUUGUCUUUUUAUGAAGGGUGGUGGGUGCAAAGAAAGCUUUAUAGCGUGGGAGAAUUGCGUUGAAGAAUCUGAGAAGAACAAGGAAGAUGUUGUGGAGAAGUGCUUUGAAGUAACUAGUACUUUGAGGAAGUGUAUGGAGGCUCAUGCUGAUUACUACGAGCCCAUUUUGCGUGCUGAAAAAGCGGCUCAGGAGGAGGCCGUCAAGGAGUUGGAGAAAGAGAAGGCUGCCGAGGAUUCAAAAGAUUCCAAAGGAAAUGGGGAUGUGGGUAGAAAUUGA